AUGGCCAAGGCCAGCGCUCUGGAAAGUCUCCAGGUGGAGGCGAGCUGCGCUAUCUGCCUGGAUUACCUAAAAGACCCGGUGACCAUCGACUGCGGCCACAACUUCUGCCGCACUUGUAUCCUCCGCUCCUGGGAGGAGCUGGAGGAGCACUUCCCGUGCCCAGUGUGCCGCCGCCGCUUCCCCCUGCGGAUUUUCCGCACCAACCGGCAACUAGGCAAUGUGGCGGAGAUCGUGCGGAAGUUGAACCCCAAGUGUAGCAAGCGGAGACGGUCCGAAGAGGCGGUGUGCGAGAAGCACCAGCAGGCGCUGAGCCUCUUCUGCGAGAAGGAGCGCGAGGUGGUAUGCCUCAUGUGCUGCAUUUCGUGCGAGCACCGCGACCACCGCGUGGGCCCCGUCGACCAGGCGGCCGCGAGCCACAAAAAGAAGCUGCGUGCCUACCUGGGGCCGCUGCAGCGGCAAGUGGAGGACUUGCGCCAUUUCUUGGCCGGCGAGCAGAGGAAGCCCGGCUUGCUGCGGGAGAAGGUGGAGAACCGACGGCAGAAACUCCAGUCGGAGAUUGAGAAGCUGCACUGCCUCCUGGACGAGGAGCACCAGGCGGUGCUGCGGAGGUUGGAGGACGAGGAGAAGGACAUCCUGCAGAAGCUGAGCGAGAACGUGGCCAUGCUCCUGGACCACGACACCAUGCUGCACAAGCUUAUCUGCGAGAUCCAGGAGAGAUGCCAGCGCCCGUCUGUGGAGGCCCUCCGGGGGAUCAAGCACAUCGUCAGCAAGUGCGAGAGCGCCAAGAUUCCGGCCGCCGUCUCCCUGGAGCUGAAGGAGGACACCAGCAGCUUCCCCCUGCAGCAUUUUGCGCUCAAGAAGAUGAUCAAGAAGUUUAAAGUGGACAUCACUCUAGACCCGGCCACGGCGCACCCCAACCUGGUCCUCUCGGACGACCGCAAAAGCGUGAAGUUUGUUGAGAAAAAGCAAGAUCUUCCGGACGUCCCGGAGAGAUUUACAUUUUACCCGUUUGUCCUGGGUUCCGAAGGUUUCUUGUCCGGCAGGUAUUAUUGGGAGGUGGAGGUGGGAGACAAGACUGAGUGGACCCUGGGGGUCUGCUAUGACUCAGUGACUAGGAAAGGGAAGAUUAAUUUAUCACCUGCGGAUGGCUACUGGAGAUUGAGGUGGGACAAGAAUGGAUACACUGCCCACACGAGGACCCCCAACAUCCUGCUCCUAAAAAUAAAGCCGAAGCGAAUUGGGGUUUUUCUGGACUAUGACUUGGGGGAGGUUUCCUUUUACAAUGUGAAUGACAGGUCUCAUAUUUAUACCUUCGCUGAUACUUUUACAGACAAACUUAGACCUUUUUUCUACCCUGGGGUCCAUUCAUUGCCUCUUAUUCUGAGGCCAGUAACAGAUUGGGAGUGA